UUGUGCACCAUUCCAAUCAGUCCUCCAUUUUCUACCAUUUCUAAAUUCUGAAUAUAUUCGAUCAUGGGUGUUCACACUCUAAGUGAUGAGUUCACUAGCCCCAUCCCAGCACCAAAGCUGUUCAAGGCCUUGAUCCUUGAUGCUGACAACCUCCUUCCCAAGCUCCUGCCUCAGGCCAUUAAGAGUAUCGAGACGGUUGAGGGCGAUGGAGGGCCUGGAACCAUCAAGAAGAUCACUAUCGCUGAAGGUACCCAUAUCAAGCACUUGAAGCAUAGGAUUGAUGCAGUAGAGGAAGAGAAAUUGACAUACAGUUACACACUGAUUGAGGGUGAUGAUUUGCUGGACAAGUUUGAAUCAAUUUCUUAUGAGAUUAAGUUUGAGUCCUCUCCUGAUGGGGGAGCCAAAUGUACAAAUCUUAGCAAGUACCAUCCUAAACCAGGGGUCCAGAUCAAUGAAGAGGAAAUCAAGGCAAGCAAGGAAAAGGGCAUGGCUGUUUACAGAGCCGUGGAAGCCUUCCUCUUGGCCAAUCCUGAGGCCUAUGCUUGAUGCUUCCUUGUUGAGACACUAUUAUAUGUAUCUCGUGUUCCUCAAAGUUUAUUGAGGUUCUAUGUCUUUGCUUUGUGGCGCCAGAUAUGCUGACGCCCACGUCGGUUAAUUUAUAAAAUAAAAUGGAUAAUAGAUUUUGGCUUUC